AUGAAUGUUGUUAAGAUAAAUGGCGUGAAGGUUUACAAUCUAACAGCGAAUCGUUCCCUUCCAGAAUGGGCUUCGAAGUCUGAAAAGCGUAAAAGGAAGUCAGAUAUGGAAUUAAGUCGGCGCAUUGAACUUAUUCAGGAAUUAGAAAUGCCCGAUUCAACCACUUAUUUAACUUGCUCACCAGAUGGUCAGUACUUGUUCGCUCUAGGACGUUAUAAACCUAGAGUCAAAUGUUACGAACUGUCAAAUCUUUCAAUGAAGUUUGAUCGAUGUCUUGACUGUAUGCCAUAUAAAAUGGUGUGCCUUAGUGACAACUACUCCAAGUUUGCCUUACUGGAGGAAGAAAGAUGGGUUGAAAUUCAUGCUGCUGGGGGACACCACUUCAAGUUUAGAGUUCCGAAACAAGGUGUGGAUUUGGAUUAUUGUCCUUACACGUGUGAUCUUUUUGUUGCCUCAUCUCGCAAUCAUAUAUACCGAAUGGAUUUGUCCGAAGGUCGUUUCAAAACAUCUCUAGUCUCCCAACGUUUAGAAAACUCUAGUCAUGGAUUAACGGUAUGUAGCUUUGAGAGAAAUUAUGGUUUGUUACUUGGUGCGUCGACAAUAGGGUGUGUUGAUGGUUGGGAUACUAGAACUUCUGAGCAUGUAUUUGGUCUGAACGUAUGUGAAUACGCGCCUGCACCAGAAGAUAUCCAGAAUAAAUGGCGAUCAACUGCUGUAACUUGCCUGUCAUUUAAAGACUCGCUCAACGUCGCAGUAGGCAUGGGAGACGGGAUGGUAUACAUAUACGACCUUCGUCAAAAUCGUAAGCCAUGGCACGUCCGGGACACAGAAUACAGGGAGCCUAUCAAAUCCAUUCAUUUUCAUGAUGACAAAGUGUUAGCAGCCCUGCGCUACUGCUGUAAGAUAUGGUCAGUGGAUACUGGCAAGAUAUUUGUUGGUUUCAAUAUUGGUCCUUCAGAUUGUAAUUCUAUGUAUCACUUUCCUAACAGUGGAUUACUCAUGUUUGCAUCAGAGUCUCCCAAGAUUUCUACCUACUUUAUUCCACUGCUUGGAGAGGCACCUUUCUGGUGCAGUUAUUUAGACAGUCUUGUGGUCGAAUGCGAACCAGAUGUUACAACUAUGUAUGACGGUUAUAAAUUCAUCACUCGUCAACAGUUAGCAGAUUUGGGAAUGUCAGAGCUCAUUGGAACUCAAUUUCUGAGAGCUUACAUGCAUGGAUAUUUCAUUUCUGCAAAUCUGUACAACAAAAUACAAGAUCAUCUAGGGAUUAAUCAGAAAUCCCUUAUCCAAACAGUCAAGCUUAACUAUCCUGACAAUGUACCUAAAGCCUCACGUUCUGAAAAUAUAAUUGCAGAGUUUAACGAAGCCUCAGCCGACCAGCGCUUUUCCAAACUCUCAGAUAAUCCUAAGCUUACAUACAGUACUGUGGAUGGCGAUUCAGAUCUCAUACAAAUUCAUCAAGCAAGAUUGGAAAAGAAGCGCAAGCGUAAAGAACUGCGAAAAGAACGAGCUGCUCGAACACAGGCUUUGGUUAAUAAAGCCUCUGAUGUGCAUGUAUAA